UAUCCUUCACAAAACUUCAUAAGCUUCAACUUAUACACACUUGGUAAAUUUAGAAAGAGAUUAAGAAGGGAAAGAACACACACAGAGAUGGAGAACUUCCCAGUCAUCAACUUUGAGAAGCUAAAUGGUGAAGAGAGAACCUCUACAAUGGAGAUGAUAAAAGAUGCUUGCGAGAAUUGGGGUUUCUUUGAGAUUGUGAACCAUGGAAUUUCACAUGAUCUUCUGGACACGGUGGAAAAAUUGACAAAGGAGCAUUACAAGAAGUGCAUGGAGCAGAGGUUUAAGGAAAUGGUGGCAAGUAAAGCUCUGGAGGGAGUCCAAGCAGAAGUUACUGAUAUGGACUGGGAGAGCACCUUCUUUUUACGACAUCUCCCUAACUCAAACAUUUCAGAGAUCCCUGACCUCAAGGAUGAGUACAGGAAGGUGAUGAAGGAAUUUGCAGAAAAGCUCGAGAAGCUAGCAGAGGAGCUUCUGGACUUGCUGUGUGAGAAUCUUGGACUCGAGAAAGGUUACCUAAAGAAAGCAUUUUAUGGCACCAAGGGUCCCAACUUUGGCACAAAGGUCAGCAACUAUCCCCCAUGUCCCAAUCCAGAGUUGAUUAAAGGGCUGAGGGCUCACACAGAUGCUGGUGGCAUUAUCUUACUAUUCCAAGAUGACAAGGUCAGUGGUCUACAGCUCCUCAAGGAAGGCAAGUGGGUUGAUGUUCCACCAAUGCGUCAUUCCAUUGUAAUCAACCUCGGUGAUCAACUAGAGGUUAUCACCAACGGGAAAUACAAGAGUGUGCUUCACAGAGUGGUAGCUCAAUCAGAUGGAAACCGCAUGUCUCUUGCUUCAUUUUACAACCCUGGCAAUGACGCUGUUAUUUAUCCAGCACCAGCAUUGGUGGCAAAAGAAACAGAUGAGAAGCAAGUAUACCCAAAAUUCUUGUUUGACGAUUACAUGAAGCUAUAUACGACUGUCAAAUUUCAGGCCAAGGAACCACGAUUUGAAGCCAUGAAAGCCAUAGAAGUGGAUGUGAAUUUGGGACAAAUCGCAGCAUAGAUAUCUGGAGACUGGAGUAGUCUGAAUGUUCAUAAAUAUGAUAUUAAAUUACUGAAGCUGCGAUUUUAUAUUGCUAUCGUAUAGGGGGUGUGCUUUCUGAGUGUAACAAAGAGACCGAAAACAUAUUCUCUUACAAUAUUAUUAAAAUAAGUCAUUUUGCUUAAA